UUCCCAAUUGUGAGAACCACUGCGAGACCAGGCCGUGUGUGUGUGUGUGUGUGUGUGACAGCAGUAUCGCAGCAUAACAGUAUCGAAAGGAGGCCGCCUCCAUGUGCUGCAUUCACGACGUGCUUCUGACCGCCAGAGUUACCAUAGACCACAACGGGAACUCAGAAUGGUGCAGUCGCUGCAAGAGGUCCUGGCUGACCCUGAGGUGCUGCAAGGCCUCAACCUGAAUCCAGCCUCCUUCAGGUUCCCAAGCAGUCCCUUGGUGGUGGCAUCGGCGGUUCACUGGCCACCACAUAUAGCAGUGACCCGCGGCACCGACGGUGUCCUAACACUCUCUUUAGCCAUGGGCAACGUGAUGCAAGUGCUCACUCAGACGCUUAAUUUCACGUACAGCGUCAUAACACCUGAAGAUCAAUCGUGGGGUUCAGAGCUACCUAAUGGCUCCUGGACGGGCAUGAUAGGCCAAGUAGUUGAGAAGGAGGCGGACAUAGCCUUGGGUCCCUUCGGCAUCAAACUGAGCAGAAGCAGAGUGGUGGACUUCACUGAAUCACUUUAUUUCGAUGACCGAGCUAUUCUGGCGAAGAAAGGAGAGCCAGAAAUUGACCCCUGGGGUUUCCUGUAUCCUCUGACGGACUCAGUGUGGGCGGCGCUGGCAGGUGGCCUGGUGGUGGUGUGGCUGACGCUGGGGAUGAUGAGUCACCGUCCCAAGGUUGCUACUCUCCUGGACUGGUCUAUAGAACUGCUACUAGAGAAUAUGCGUGUCUUUCUCAAUCAAGACGUUAAGGAUUCAUUGCUGUUGGGCUCGUUGAAAGUCCGAACUGUGUUGGGGUCGUGGAUGGUGGGGGCUGCCGUGGUGUACUGGGGCUACUCGGGCAACCUCACGUCCCUGCUGGCGGUGCGGCACAUCCCUCAACCCAUCCAGACUCUCAGGGACCUGAUUGACGACCCUGCUGUGACCGUUAUUAUGAAACCAAACACCAUCGUCACGGACACCAUCUCAAAAAUGAAGACUGGUGAGCUGCGGGAACUCCAUGAGCUUCAAUUCAAGGGUCGCGUGAAGUACCAACACGCCAGCACCUUCCCUGCCGCGCUGGACACCGUGGUCCGCCACCACCAGCACGUCAUCAUCUCCACCAGUCUCUCUGCCGAUCUUCACAUGGCUGAACUCUUCAUUCAAACUGCGUUUCUGCGAAGUGCCCGAGGGAGAAGAAACAAAGGACUUACAGUUCCUUCUUCAUGUUCUGCAGGAAGAUGUGACUUUUACAAGGGGAGACAAACAUUUUUCACCUCCACAUACUGCAUGAUUGGCCAGAAGGGGAGCCCCAUUGUGCCCGCUAUCACACACAGGAUCCGCUCCCUGAUCGAGUCUGGCCUGUACGGGUACUGGCUGCUGAGCGAGAUUCCCGCCAUCACCACCUGCCGUUCCUCACCUCCCAUCACCCUCGUGAGGGCACCGCUGUCCCUCGCCAACCUGUGGGGCGCGAUGGUGGUGUUGGGUGCGGGGCACCUGGUGGCUCUGUUGGCCUUCUUGCUCGAGCUGUGCUGGGCCCGGACUUGUCACUGAAGACACUCUUCCAUGUCACCCGCUGAGGACACACGCUAUCCAUAUUGAGGAUCAUUUCCAAGCGUGACCCACACCAUGCCGAUACCAGAUCUCAUGUCUUGAGGGCCGAAAAUGUAAAAAUGUACCCUUUCAUAUGUCUGAAACAGUGAAAAAAUUGCGAAGUAAAA